AUGAAGGCCUAUCAGUAUAUAAAAAGACAUCAAAAUUUAUUCCAAUACACAAGCGGGCGCUGGAUAUAUAAUGAUAAAACAAUACACUCUGAAAGAGAGCGCAUAUUCAAUAUCGCCGGACUGAAGCGUCUGGCUGCUGAAUGCAUCAACCAGAACGAAGAAGACGUCGUUGGGUUCAGGAAACUCGCCGAGGGAGGCUUCAAUCGCACCUUUCUUCUCACUCUGCGCAAUGGUUUUCAAAUGUCACUUGAACCCAAGUCGCUACUCGUCGCCAGUGAAGUGGCAACAAUGGAUUUCCUCCGUCUGCAUGGCAUCCCGACUCCGAAGGAUAUUUGGAUUGUCAAACUGGAGGCCCAACUCUUCCCUCUACAGUUUCCUUCGUGUGGAUGUAUUUAUUACUCAAAAGACUUACAACGGGAAACGAACCGCGUUGUCAUACCCGCUCAGGAGCAAUUCUGUGUCGGGCCAGAUACCAGUCUUGGGCUGUGGUAUGGAAGAAGACUUCAACUAGAUGUCGACCGGGGCCCAUAUGACCAGGCUGCAGCCUUGAAAGCCGGCGCCAGUAAAGAGAUUGCAUACUUGAGGCAGUUCGGACAACCACUUCGGCGUGAGAUCUUCGACUAUGAACGGCUUUCGCAUCUGGAACAUAUCGAGAGCCUGCAGAAGUAUCUCCAGAUUGCACCGUUAUAUGCUAUCAGCAGAUGGAUUCCAGAAAGCCUGCAGAACUAUGGCGACAGUGUGUCUGAAUCCUUGCAGCGUCCUUCGUUACCGGAAGACUUUGAAGAACUGUCUCUUGAAGAGCAAUCCACAGAGCUGGAACUGUUCAGAAGACGCCAGCUUCACUAUUUCUACGUCAAGGAAACAGAAAAGACCAAUACCACACACUAUCAUGCCUUGACGGAUGGCCUGAGUGCGCUCAGGCGCAAACUAGACAAUGCAACCCUCCAGGCGGAUCUAGUAUUAGCCAGUCGGAACUGGACAAAGCUUACACGUUCAGCAUCGGCACAGCGGAAUGAACCCAUCCCAUGUCCAAUCGAGUACACGGAAGACAAGGAACGGCUUGUUUUGGCUGACGAUUGGGUUUUUGAUGAUUUUGAUGAAGAGGAAUAUAAAUAG